GUCAGGAAAAAAACCGAAAAACACUUUGUAGAACGAGGCUGCGUUUAACCGGCAUUUUCCUUGUCGAUCAUUGUUCAGAUUGUCUCGGAUUAACUUGCUAGUUCCGUGUUGGUUUAUUUCCACUUUAAUCCACCAGUAAGUACCAGUGAUCUACGGUAUACUAAAAAUGGCCACGAUUGCCAAAAAGGUGAAAAAAUCGGAUGACGCGUUAGAGGACGAAUCGGAAGCGUUGGAGGCAAUCGACAGCUGUCAAAAUGAAAUCGAUGCGCUAAAUGAAAAGGCAAGCGAGGAAAUUCUCAAAGUGGAGCAAAAGUAUAAUACGUUGAGAAAGCCGUACUUCCAAAAGCGGAAUGAAAUCAUCAAACGUAUUCCCAGUUUCUGGGUUACGGCCAUAGUAAACCAUCCGCAAAUAUCCGGCAUCCUCGAGGAGGAGGAAGAGGAAUGCCUGCAGUUCAUGGAGAAACUGGAGGUAGAAGAGUUUGAGGACAUCAAGAGUGGCUAUCGCAUUCAUUUUUACUUCGACGCGAAUCCUUAUUUCGAGAACAAGAUGUUGACAAAGGAAUUCAAUUUGGGGUCCAGCGGUGGUAAAGAAACUCCAGUCUCGACCAGUACAGCAAUCAAGUGGAAACCGGACCGUGAUCUGACUAAGAUGUUGCCGAAAAAGGCUUUGGCAAAUCGACGAAAGCGCGGUCUGGAAUAUCGAACUUUCUUCGACUGGUUCACGGAUAACAAUGAUCCGAUCAACGACGAUAUUGCAGAGCUGAUCAAAGACGAUUUGUGGCCAAACCCACUGCAGUACUAUUUGGUGCCGGACAUCGAGGUCGAACCGGAAGCUGAAGAGGAUGGCGGCGAGGAAGAGUUUGGCGAUGAAGGAGGUGAAGAAGAAGAGGAAGACGAACUCGACGAGGAGGAAGAGGAAGCCUAAGCUUCCAGUGUCCGGUCGAUGCCAAGACAGCAAAAUUGAUGUAUCAUGUUUUUCUAAUGUCCCCUGUAGCAUAUGUUUGUGGACAAAGUAAGUAACGCUAAGACCUGGCGCGGUGCGGUUGAGUUGUGCGUUUGAAAUGCUACCUAAUCUUAAGUUCGUUAAUCAGUCACAAAAGUAGCUAUUAACAUUCUUGAUUUAACAAAAAAAAGUUUAUUGCUCGAACAUGAAUCUGUAAUGAUAAUUAUACAUGAAGGGCUCCACAUUUUACAUAGAACAAUAGUUAAAUGUAUCUAUUACAUUCAUCAAAACUCAUGACUGCGGUUGGUAAACUAAUUGGAGACAAAAUAUAAUCAGAUUAAAUUUUCAGUUAUUUCUCAGAUGUAAAUGAUUUAAAAUCUAAAUUAAAGAAUGCACUAAGACGUAGUUGAACUAUCGUAUAAUAAAGUACA